CCCGAGAGUCGGAACGACCGGCUUUUGUGCGCUCCCCGAGUGCUGUGUUCGCGGUGUUCAGCUGCCUUUCGCCUGAUCGGGCAGGCUCUCUACUGCCCUGACUCCCUAGUUAAAUAGUUAUAUCUUCCUCGCUCUUUCCCUGUCUCCUGCCUUCGCAGUUCAGCAUGCAGAAAACUGCUGCCUCCUCAGACGGAUUCCUGCCUGCCUUCCCACGUUUCGCCACGCAGGCCAUCCAUGCGGGCCAGGACCCGGAGCAGUGGACCUCCCGGGCUGUGGUGCCCCCCAUCUCACUGGCCACCACGUUCAAGCAAGAGGCGCCGGGCCGGCACUCGGGUUUUGAGUAUAGCCGUUCUGGAAAUCCCACCAGGAAUUGCUUGGAAAAAGCAGUGGCUGCUCUGGAUGGGGCUAAGUACAGUUUGGCCUUUGCUUCGGGUUUAGCAGCCACUGUGACUAUUACCCAUCUUUUAAAAGCAGGAGACGAAAUUAUUUGUAUGGAUGAUGUGUAUGGAGGUACGAAUAGGUAUUUCAGGCAGGUGGCAUCUGAAUUUGGAUUAAAGAUUUCUUUUGUUGAUUGUUCCAAAACGAAAUUGCUAGAGGCAGCAAUUACACCAGAAACCAAGCUUGUUUGGAUUGAAACCCCCACAAAUCCUGUCCUGAAGAUGAUUGACAUUGAAGCCUGCGCACAUAUUGUCCAUAAGCAUGGAGACAUUAUUUUGGUUGUGGAUAACACUUUUAUGUCAGCAUAUUUCCAGCGGCCUUUGGCUCUGGGAGCUGAUAUUUGUAUGUAUUCUGCAACAAAAUACAUGAAUGGCCACAGUGAUGUAGUAAUGGGCUUAGUGUCUGUUAAUUCUGAAAGUCUCCAUGAUAGGCUUCGUUUCUUACAGAACUCUCUUGGAGCGGUUCCGUCUCCUGUUGACUGUUACCUCUGCAUUCGAGGUCUGAAGACUCUGCAAGUCCGAAUGGAGAAGCAUUUCAAAAAUGCAAUGGCAGUUGCCCAGUUUCUGGAGUCAAAUCCUCGGGUAGAAAAGGUUGUUUAUCCUGGUAUGUUAAUUUGAUUUCUAAGCAGAUAUGCCUGUACUAGGAUUUUAACACUUAUCCAGAGCAUUCCGUUUAUGUAACAUUUGUUUGUAAGUUAAAAUUUUCAUAUGUAUUUAUGUUAGUCAUUUAUUUUUGAGUACUGCCGUGUGUUAGUCUCUGUGGUGCUAAUGUUAUGUAAACUCUAUGGCCAAAACAGAAGGAGAGGGGUACGAGGGGAAGG